UUAAAUGUCUAAUGGAUGUGUCACUGGAGGCAUCUGGCCAGGCUGGUUUGCCAUCUGUAUGUGUUUAUUGAGAGGGUGUCACCGAUAGUAGCAAUUAAAUGUGAUUUCUAUGGCAUGCCUGCUUUGAGAAACACUGCUUUUAGUCCCCUUCUUAAUUUUUUGGGUCUCAAAAUAAUGGUAGCACUCUUUUUCUCAUCAGUGUUUCCCCUUCUCGUGAUUUACCUCGUGUUACUUGGAAUUUUUCUUAAUUAAAAAAAAAAACCAAGUGAUUACUAAAGCAUUAGGGCUUGAAUAUGUGUCUGCAGUCAGUGGGCAAAGUGCAACAUGUGGAUAUCCAUGGGGCUGGGAACACUUAAGACUGGUUGGUCCUCAGAGAAAUGGUCCCUUUGGACAAUAUACAGAAAAAUGGAUGUGGAGAGAAUUAGCCACUGGCAAGUCAUGUGGUAGGAAUGACUAUGAAGUGAACACACACACACCUGUUAUAAAUACUAAUACUGGAGUCUGUAUGUGGUAGAAUGUACUUGAAAAUAAUGACCCUUUUUCCACACAACCUCCCUUAUUUCUCUCUCUCUUUUGAUCCUGCAGUUAUUGCACUAGAGAAGAAGGAUGUCAUCAGUAAACUCGGAGACAACGCUACACUAAGUUGCAUUUAUGACAAAAAAGACUUGCAAUUGAAAAAUCUACGGGUAUAUUGGCAAAUCGCCGAUCAAGUGAAGUGUUCAGUUGUGCAUGCACUGGUCUCUGGUCAAGACAACUACAGCAAUCAGUGUAUUCAUUUUAAAAACAGGACUCAAUUAUUCUGGGACAGGUUGGAAAAUGGUGAUUUUUCUCUACUGCUACUGAAUGUCAGCCAGAGUGAUAAACAUACAUACAAAUGUAUAGUACAGGAGAAAAAAGAAUUUCCCAAAGUGGUUCACCAGGCAGAAGUGGUUCUCAGUUUAGCAGCUAGUUACAGCCAACCAAUACUCAGUGGACCAAUAAGAAACAGUACUGGAGAGGAGGUGACUUUCAGCUGCAGGUCUGGCAAUGGAUACCCAAAGCCCAACGUUUAUUGGAUAAAUAAAAUGAACAACAGUCUCCUGAACGCAUCAACGCUGGAGAUCAUCUCCCACGCCGACGGCACCUACAGCGUUUUCAGCACCCUGACGGUGAAAGCCACUUCCAACAUGCAAAUAGAGUGCUCCAUAGAAAAUGAAAUGCUGCAGGAAAAUCUAUCAGCCAAUUACACGGAGCUGAAGCAAAGCAAUGGUUCUAGCACAGAAAACCUAGGAAAAAAAGGAAGACUUGCUCAAGCAGCUGGCAUCAUUUGCAUUGUCAUUCUGAUAGGCCUUCUAGCUGUUUUAAUCUGCUGGCUGUGGAGACGGAGGUCCUCCCAUCUGCUGUCCUAUACAGAUGUCCCACCAAAUGAAUACAAAGAAGGACCCAACCUGCCUGCCUAAAUGGAAAGUCUGUCAACAAUUUGGGCAGCUGGAGAUGUGUCAAGAGAAGCAUCACUCCCUGUCUCAAUGGCAGCACUGUUUGUAAUACAACUGACAGAUUUCUGCCAAGAGAGAUGGCAAAAAAAAAAAA